AUGUCUUCUCAGUGGGUCGAUAAGCCGCAUUCUCUUAUUUCUACUGAUCCAUUCUCAAAAGAUUCCUCCCACGCGGCAUACUAUGUUGCAACGCAGAUGGCACUUGCCCACAAUGGCAUUCUCCGAGGGUUGAACUCCAUCUAUCUCCAAGCGACGCACAUACCGCGCGAAGACCGGGACGCGAUUCGAGACUUCCUGACAUAUUGCCAAUGCAGGUGUGAAUCCAUGCACCACCACCACGAUGCCGAAGAAGAGGAUUUCUUCCCGAGCAUAGAGCUGACAUCAGAUGUCCAAAGAAUCAUGCGACGUAAUAUAGAGCAACACCGAGCGUUCACGCCGGGGUUUGAUCUGUUUCACGAGUACUCUCGGACUUGUCUUCCCGAAGACUAUGACGGACAGAACAUUAGGAGCCUCAUCGAAGGUUUUGCGGAGCCAUUAACUCGACAUCUGCGCGACGAGUAUCGAACCGCGCCUCUCGUGUUUGGAACCGCAGACAGGAGCUUCGAAGGCGGCAUGCAUGACUUCCCGUCUGUACCAUUCUUUGUGCCUUACGUCAUUCACUACUGGUUUGCUAGGCGACUUCGUGGCGCUUGGAGAUUCAAUCCGUGCACUCUUUGGAGGGAUCGCAGAGAAUUGGCCUUCGGUUCUUCGAGUAAUGGUCAAGUGGCUGAGUGA